AUGUGCGUCCUGUGUUUCCCAAAGGCUCUUGCCCAGGUCUUCAAAAUCUAUUUCACAGCCAGUUAUAAUUUCAAAUCCAGCAGCUGGCCCAUCGAAUUCCAGUGGGACGAGCCCGGCACGGCCCACGGCUGCAUCGGAGGCCAAAGGCGCCACAUCCUCGUCAACGCAGCGUCGCGACUGGGCCUGCCGGCGUCAGCGUUUGCGGUCGGGCCGGAUGGAGACCGGGAAUCCUGCCGGAACUUCUUCAGGCGCGUCAAGCAGCUGCCGGGCCAACUGGCCAGCUACGUGGUGGCCCAUUCGUUAGGCCGCUGGCUUCUCUACCCUGGCUCCAUGUUCCUCCUGAACCAAGCCCUGUUGCCAGUUUUGGCAAAGGGCCAAGCCCGCCUUCUGGGGGAAUAUAACGGGAAACGCGCCAAGCUGGUGGCUCGGGACGGGAAUAAGAUCGACACCAUGUUUGUGGACAGGAGAGCGGUGACCGCGGGCGUGGCGGGACGUCGAGGGAAGCAGCUGGUGAUUUGUUGCGAGGGGAACGUCAGCUUCUACGAAUGGGGCUGCCUCUCCACCCCCUUGCAGACCGGAUAUUCUGUGCUGGGGUGGAACCAUCCUGGUUUUGCGGGGAGCACAGGCCAGCCAUAUCCGCAGAACGACGCCAACGCGGUAGACGUGGUGAUCCAGUACACGACUCGUUGCCUGGGCUUCAGGCUAGAAGAUAUUGUCAUGUACGGAUGGUCCUUGGGAGGCUACUCAGCCACCUGGGCUGCUAUGACCUACCCGUCGAUCGGUUCCUUGGUCUUGGACGCCACUUUCGACGACCUGCUCCCCUUAGCUCUGAACGUGAUGCCCAAGAGCUGGAAGAAGCUGGUGGUGCGGACGGUGAAGGACCACUUCAAUCUCAACGUGGGCGAACAGCUAUGCAAGUACAUGGGGCCGGUCUUGCUGAUCCGGAGGACCCAGGAUGAAGUCAUCACCACUUGCCCAGAUCUCGACGACCGGAUUGCGAACCUCCGCCACAACAGGGCCAACAAACUCCUGGUCCAGUUGCUGGAGCAUCGCUACCCGUACAUCAUGUCCCGAGAAGGGGCGUCUGCAGUCCACCAGUGGCUCAGAGCGGGCAAACCCCGCCAAGAAGAGGCGGUCUGCCGCCAUUACAGGAUCGACGAGGAAUGGUGCCUCAAGGAGCUACAGAUGUACAAGUCGAGCCAAGGUCUUGAAACCGAUUUCCCCUGGCGGGUCGGGGAGUUCAUGGCCUCCAGAGACAAGAAGCAGAUGGCUGUCUUUUUAGCUAAGAAGUACAUGAAGAACAUAGAGGCCACCCACUGGUCUCUCCUUAAACCCGAUGAUUUCCAGAUGCCCUGGAAGUUAUAG